AUGAGUCCACAUAAUAUUCAUUCAAAUAAUACAUCUCCCCGUCAAUCAACAGAAGAACAAGAGAAAGAACAAAAAGUAUUAAAUAAUAAAAAAGAAGAAGAAAUUAAUAUAAUAAAUAAUAAUAAUCAAUUAAUAAUUAAUGGAAAAUUAAAUAAUAAUUUAAAUAAAAAUAUUGAAGAAGAAAAGGAUUUUAAUAAUGAUAAUAAACAAAAAUCAACACAAAGACGUUUAUACAAAGCUGAUUCAAAUCCACCUAUUCCUUUAACUUUUCUCUUUGGUUUACAACAAGUAAUGGUCUCUGUGUCAGUUCUUGUUUCAAUUCCAAUACUUAUUUCUGAUUUAAUCUGUCCUGGGCGAGAUAGAGACCAAUUAAGAGUUCGUUUAAUUGCCGGUACUUUUGUUGUUUGUGGAAUAGGGACAAUACUUCAAAGCGGGUUUGGACUUCGACUGGCUCUUUUACAAGGAGUUGCUUUUGCUUAUAUACCUUCGGUAAGAGCAUUUAUGAGCCUUCCAGAAUAUAAAUGUUUAGCUUCUGUUGAUGAUUUUGUCCCAGCAGAAGUUUAUGAAAAUAAAAUGACUAUGAUUCAAGGAACUUUAAUGGCUUCUUCUUGUGUUACAAUGCUUAUAGGGGCUACUGGCUUAGUUGGAAUAAUGACUAAAUAUAUUGGGCCAAUGACUGUUUCCCCUUUAUUAAUGUUAAUGAUGCUUUCUUCUGUUAAAAUUACUGUUGAACGAGUUGAAAAACAUUGGAUAUCCCUUGUAAUGGCAGCUUCUUUAUUUGCCACAGUUUUAUACCUUUCACGUCUUCAAGUCCCUUUUCCUGGUUAUAGUAAAGGAAAAUUUCGUUGGUAUCGUUUAAAUGUAUUUGGACAAUUUCCGGUAAUUCAUAGUGAAAUAAAAAGGAAAAAAUUGUUUAUUUAUCAGUAUUUAACAGCAAUUCUCUUUUCUUGGGGUCUUUGUUUUAUUUUGACAAUAUUUGAUUUAAUACCAAAAGAAAGUGUUGCUAGAACAGAUAAACCGGCAACUUUAGAUGCUAUUUAUAAUUCUCCUUAUGCCCGAUUUCCUUUUCCAGGCCAAUUUGGUUUUCCAAAAUUUAAUAUUGGUUUGUUUGUUGGAUUUCUUGUUUCUGCCCAAACAACUUUAUUUGAAGCUGUUGGAAAUUAUCAUGCUGUUGCUAGUGUUUCUGAGGAACGUCCACCUCCCUCACAUGCUUUAAAUAGAGGAAUUAUGGCUGAGGGCCUAGGAUGUUUUAUUUCUGGUUUGAUAGGUCCGGGAGUUGGUAUAACUACACACGCAGAGAAUGUUGGGGUUAUUGGAAUAACUAGAGUAGCUAGUAGAGUUACGAUGAUUUUUGGUGGUUGUACUUUAAUUGCUUUUGGGGUUGUAACAAAACUUGGAGCUAUACUUUCUGCAAUUCCAGAUCCUUUAGUUGGCGUUGUUUUAAGUACUUCUAUGGCUAUGGUUGGGGGUGUUGCUAUAGCUAAUGUCCAAACUGUUGAUUUAAAAUUAACUAGAAAUGUUGCCAUUCUUGGGUUUUCUAUUAUGUUGGGGGUGAUUGUCCCAGAAUUUUAUGAAAGAAAUCCAACAAUUGUUGCUACAGGCUAUAGAACAUUAGAUCAAGUUAUUCAAGUUUUAUUAAGUUUGCCCAUGUUUGUUGGAGCAGCAACUGCUUGUUUUUUAGAUAACACAGUUGGCGGGGCUACAAGACAACAACGUGGACUUAGAGAAAGGGGAACUGUUUGGGAAGAAUGUGAUGGGGAAAGAGAUGUUUAUUUAUACCCAAAUAAAUUACAACAAAUAAUUGACUCCUUUCCAAUUCUUCGUUAUUUACCUUUUAUUCCUAAAAGAAAAUAUGUGAAAGAAGACAACAAAAAUAAUGAAAAGCAACGAAAUGGGGGAAAAAUUGUGCCGAAUGAAAAUUUUGUUUGA